AUGACCACAUUCCAGGAAAAGUGGAAGGAGCGUCCGUUGGUAGAGGCCCCUGUUUUGUACACGCCCUCGCACCGUCGCACCACGCCACCCAGUGCCGGGCGACGCAGCGCAGCCUCUCUUGCCCCUCCAUCACGCGCACCUUCGUCAACAGCGAACACUCCCAAGUCAAGCACAUUUUCCACUCUGAUGAAAGAGCGAGUCCACGCGGAGGCCAACGGCAGGUGUUGGGCCUGUAACUCGUUUCCUACUGAAGUCUGCCAUGUGAUUAGCAGGCGGGAUCCACAAACCCUCUUGUGGCAUCAGCAGGGACUCCUCAACUUCAACCUCAGGUCACAGUCGAAUGCUGUCGCGCUGUGCCCGAACUGCCACGUCCACUACGACCAGACCGAAGAUCCUGGUUUCGUCUUUCUACCGACGGAUCUGGACUAUUUCAUCGAGUUUGAGAUGCUCGAUCAGCAGGAGCGGAAGUCCAGCAGCCGCACGUGGCGCCGCGUACCGACGGCAGAGCUAUACCGACAACACCUCAUUGAGAAAGGAGACGUGCGAGCCGACGCAGUGAGUGGACUGUAUGCUCGUGUAUUCCUCCAGGAUUACGCCACCGCCCCCGACACCUCCCCUAAGUCCUGGGUGGGCUCGCCGCUCGCAACCCUUCGGCGCGCCUUCCUCGUGCUUGGAGGUGGACGGAUCAAGGGUUUCGAUCGUGCUACACGGGAGAAGUUAAAGACAUUGAGAGAUCUCUACUUUUUAACCGAUGAAGAACUCACCGCACCCCCCCUCGAAGAUACCAACUCGGGGAGUGAUACUCAGGUCCAAAAGAAACGAAACGCAGACGACUACGAACGAAGCGAACACCCAAAGAGGGUGCGGAACGACAUGCCUACGUCUGUCGCAGAGCGCGACAGGCAGGGUCCAUUCUACCCAUCGGAUGCAUUUGUCAGUUUGACGCAGUGGAAAUUCGGGCCGGACCUGACGAGCAAUGACGCGGAGGAUUCCCCAGAAGGAAACGCCCGCCGCGAAGCUGUGAGAAAGGCUCAAGUCAUUUUGGACGAUGAGUUCCAUGCAAUCGGCGCUGAGAUCGGAUGGUUCUAUCCGGGCACUCAACCAGAGGGCGAGGAUAUUCCUUCUGAUCAUGAAGGUCAUGUUCUGCGGUCCGGUGAAAUGGAUUGUCUGAAUUACCACCCGACUACUCUCCUUGGACACAAUCUCCCCAUGCAUGGCUGGACAAAGACGGCGUGA